AUGUGAAAUGGCAAUUUAAUGCUGCGCUCUCACAGAUUGACCGUUUUGACAACUUUUGUAUUGAAAUGAGCCAAUCUGUGCGUUAAUGUAUGAAAACCAGUGAUAAAAGACUGCUGACACAAAGGUCAGAUCGCAGUUUUUCAUGUUAACGUUAGAAAAUUGAUGUUUUAUGAUUGAGACAUGUGCUUUACUGAGUUAUCUUCAAUGACCGAAUUAAAGGUAUUGAUGCCAAAAUCAGCUGGUUCUGAGACAGACAUAAAAUAAAAGCCAAAACUGUCAAACUCUGAGAGCGUACCUUUAACAGUGAAAAUAAAUCAAACUGCAUUGCUAAAACAAUAUUGGGAACUACUUUUAUUAUCAAUUGUUAUUACUUCCCUCUGAUUAAAAUGCAGUACCUCACUUUUGAAAUAGAGUUAUCUGUCAAUGUAGAUAGUAUGAUUGUAAAAAAUGUUUAUGUGUAAGUAUAUUCUGUUUUUGUAAAUAAAAAGCACUGUUUAUUAGGGAAAUGCUGACUCCAUUUUUUUGAAGCUGAAUGUCCUCAAACCUUCGCUCUUGUUUGGACAAAGUACAAAAUCAUAAUAAAUGAAAACAAUAAAAAUGCUCGAACAUAAUUUCAUAGACUUUCGUCAAAACAUUUCUUUGCCUUGUGAGACAUACGAUGUUGAAAGCUGAUUUUCUGCCAGUCAUUAUGUGCAGGGAAGUUGCUUGAAUCGUCGAUUUAGUGAAUGAACAAGUGCUGUUCUAUGUUUUGAAUAAAACACGAAUCAGAAAUUAAUCAAUACCAUUGCCGAAAAACAAAAUGUUCAGGUAAUUGUCAGGUGCUGUUCUCAUUUGCUGACGCACUUUAAGCAAAACAGUUACCGUUGAAAGUAGUAAUGCCGAGGCUUUUGUCCACCCUAAAUAUAUAUCAGUAAUGGCUACAACUUAUCGCGAUUGGCUGUCCGGUGCCACUUGAGAUAAAACUCAGAGGUGAUUGGCUGAGGCAAUAAUUUAUGCGGGAGCUUACUGCCUGCUGACGUGGUUAAAUACCACUAAAUUAAUGUUUGAACAAUUCCAUAAAUAAUUCUAUGUUAUCAUAAAAUUGCAUUUAUCUGAAAAGAAGCGUACACACGUAUUUUAUGUUUUAACUCAUGAAAAUGAUUUCUUUCUUUGAUCACCCCUGAAAUAAAACAAACAAACGAUUUUACUGGGGGUUUUUCUUUGAUCACUUGUUAAUGGAAUACGAUCCUACACUGAAAUCAGCAAAUUUCCUCUAUUUACCACAUGCAUGUAUAAUUUCAGUACGCGCUGUAUGAUUUAUUGUCGUGGCAGCUCCUUCGAGAGGUCAAUGCCAAAAUCAUUCCAAUCAGAUCGAUCUAGAAACGGUUGUCCUAUGAGCGGCCAGCUGGGUAGUAUGAGCACCGGAACUUGUAGCACCACUUCCGUUUAUCGCACAUUUGACGGCAGCUGUAAUAAUCUGCAAAAUCCAACAUGGGGCAUGGCUAAAACCGUUCGAGGAAGGUUGUUGCCGAGUAAUUAUGCAAACGGUACCGGCGCCCCACGGACGACGGGCUGUGGUGGCCAGGAGUUGCCAGACCCACGGGCGAUCAGCCUAGCCGUCCACAGACCUAUGGCGGAUCAGGAAAACAAAACAGACAAUUUUUUCUCCUUCCUGAACCUGGUGAUCGGUGCCUACCUCGUCGCGGAUAUCACACAUCUAAAACCUUAUCUCGACAAAGAUGGUGAACCACCUCACUGCUGUGAUGGUAUAUGCAAUCACCCCGAGUGUUUCCCCAUUGUUCAAAGAAAUGGCGACCCGUUCCCUGCAACCAGUGGAUGCAUGAACUUCGUACGAUCCGUGGCGAAAGACAACUGCAAUGGUACCCGUACCCCAGUGAACUUCCAGACCUCAUUCAUAGACUUGUCGCACUUGUAUGGGAUCAGCAAGCAAGAAAACAGGAGGAUUAGGAUGUUUACGGGAGGUAGGUGGAUGCACGGAGGCAGGUUACGAUUGUAUCGAGUUGUUCCCCUUCGCAUAAUUGUUUUCUGUGUCACUCAACUUUCGUUUUAUUGGAAAGCUUUCAGAGCUAAAAGGGUCACUCCAAUCACAGACGCUAUUCAAACACUGUUCACGAGGGAACACAACCGGAUAGCCGACGGACUCGCGGCCGUGAACCCACACUGGGGAGACGAGCGGCUCUUCCAGGAGACUCGCAGGAUACUUAUCGCACAGUGGCAAAACAUCAUCUACAAUGAGUGGUUGAUUAAACUGAUCAGCGUGCCGAGUGCUAUAGAGGCGGGCAUUGGUACCAGGGUAUGCGGUUACAAGAACGACUACGACGCCAACGUCGACCCAUCAGUGUUUGUUGAGUUCACGACCGCCGCCAUGCGCUUCGCACACGCGCAAUUACCGGCACUUCUGAGGCUGUUUGACGCCAACUUCAACGCGGUUGGCAACCCGGUGCCCGUCAGUGACAUCCUCUUUAAUGUGGCCACCUAUUUUGACGGCGGCAGCGGAGAAGGCGUGACAAACCUCCUUCGGGCAUUCAUAGCUAGCCCCAUUGGAACUGUUGCUGAUCCAUUCCUGGAACUUGACUACCUCGAUAACCUCUUUCGAGAUGGAAUGGGGGGAAGUUACGAUCUUGCAAGUCUCGGCAUUCAAAGGGGUCGUGAUCACGGUCUGCCGACCUACAACCAGAUGCGGGCCUUCUUCAACCGGUCGGUGGCGGCUACCUUCGCUGACCUUGAAAACAUUCCGAAGGAUAUUCAGGAUCGGCUAGCGAAAGUGUAUCAAUGCCCAGAGGAUAUUGACCUUUUCACUGGGGGCUUGGCCGAGGAUGAGGGAGAGGCACUGAGUCUCCUCCACUUUCUUUUCAACGAUAUUGUAACCAUGCAGAUGAAGAGGCUGAGGACUGGAGACCGGCUCUUCUUUGAAAAUAGGGAGGCGGGCUUUACUGAAGGCCAGCUAAACAAUAUUCGCCAGUUGAGGCUAUCAAAUAUAAUAUGCGACAACACCUCUGCCGACGAACUCCCUCGCUGGCUUCUCGUUAAUCCCCUACCACAGAUUCCGAUCCAGGCCUGCAGCGACUACACUGCACUCGACUUUGAGCUAUGGCGAGAGAUAGUCUGAGCCUUCCAUCCCCUGCAUGGCUCUCAGCGCUGUGACCAAUGUAUGGCACUUGGUUAUGUGCUGUGGCCACCGGAUGGACUUGACUUGUUUACUAUGAAUGCAUUGUGUAUCUUUGGA